CCGAAAUCUGACUUUUGAAGUGCAGAUUAAAAGAAAGUCAAUAUCACAAGCUUCAACUCAGUUGACUGUAGAAUGCACAGCAGGCGCAGUUGGAGCUGGAAAAGAAGAUGAUUCCUUUGCAGAUGUCACAGGUUCAACAACAAAGUGUUAUGUUCUAUGGAAAUUCGCCAAUCCUGGAAGCUGGGAUAUGGAAAAAGUAGUUCAUACACUUAGAUCAGUAUCUGUCCUGUUGAAGGAAUGGUUUGAAAUUGAAUUUGUGUACGUAGGAUCAUUGGUGAUUGAAACAACAAUACUGGAAUCUGUUGUUGCUGAUAAAAAUACAUUUAUCACUGCCAUCAGAUCAUUUAUAUCAACAAUUGUUGACGUUUGUGAUUUAAAUUCUCCUUCAAGACAAAUCAUUGAUGUACUUCUUGAUGUACAACAUAUUCCACAUGCCGUUAAAACAUCGACGGAUAAUUGUUCAGAAUGUUUAAAAAAGGAAGAAAAAAUGAAUGAAAUGAUGAAACAGAACCAAUGUUUGUUGACUUUAACAGCAAGUUUGAAUUACCCAUCUUUGAAUUGUUUUGUAUGCCAGCAUGAAGUCGAAGAUAUCGCUGAUGUGUAUUAUUGUCAGGACUGUAUAGGAUGGAUGUGCGAAAGCUGCUUCCAGGUUCACCAAAUAACUCGCAUAUCGCAGAGCCAUUGUAUCAUGAACUUACCACACAUAACACAAAUUUCCAAAGAGAAUACAUACAGGUUCACAUUAUUUCACCACGCUUCGUUCCCAGGGUCUGAUAUAAAAGAUAUUAAAUCGCUGGCAUCAGGGAAAUUAGCUAUUGCAGAUUAUAAUAAAAAAAUUAUAAUUUAUAAAUUGCACGAGGAUAGCUUUGAUGAAAUAGUGCUACCAUUUGCUCCUUGGUAUGUAGCUGUCAUAGAUGACAACAAUAUCGCCGUCUCGUUCAGAACCAAACAUUUCAUUGGCAUUGUAGAUAUUUCAAAAAGUGAUAUUAAACGUGUCAUUUCUUUGGAAAAGCCGUGCACUGGUAUAGCAUUUUUCUCGGACGUUUUUUUCGUGACUGCAAUGAACAGUCUUUUUACCUUAGACAUCGAAGGCAAUUCCCUUGCUUCAGUAAAUAUAGAAAGUUUAGAUAGUGCGUUUAACAACUACAUUUGUAUUGGUAGAAACGGCAAAAAAUUUAUCAAUGAUUAUUUACAUGAUCAAAUUCUACAAAUAGAUGAAUUGGGUGAUACAAUUUCCGUCUUCAAAUCAAAACAUUUCAAAUAUCCAUGUGGUCUUACAAUCGACGAAAAUGGUUAUGUUUAUGUUGUAUGCAGCGAAUCCAACAACGUAUUCAGGAUAAAUCCAGAAAAUGAUAAUAUUCAAAUCAUUCUAACCACUGAUAAUUACAGUUCAGGUGACACGAAAAUAUGUUUUCAAGAUGAUACAAAGCUACUGGCAAUUUCAAACGGGAACAUUGUAUCUUUACAUAGUUUUAUAAAUCUGUUUGAUUGAAACAUCUAGUAAAUAUGACAUAGGAUUAACGUUGGGGUCAUGCAGUUCUAACCUCUCAUACAAAGUGUCCAAAUAAUCUGUCAAAGAAUUGUUCCAAACAGUCCUAGAAAAGUCUUUAUCUAGACAGCCUUGACUGUUCUUGGAGUAGAAAUGUUCGAACUAGCUCUAGGUAAAAACUAUCCAAAAUUUUCUAAAUAUAGUACUAUUAGAAUCUGUCCUAUGGUAGAACUGUUAAAACCAGCUGUCCAAAUCAAAAAAAUGAUGGACUCUUUAAUGGACAAUGUAUUUGUUGUGUUUGGUGGAAUAAAAUGUCAACAGACAGUCUGUACUUCAAUUUGUACUAGUUGUGCAGUAGUACUGACCGACUUUCUUAUGUACUCAUUCAUAUGAAGCACAAUUCAUAUAGAACCUCUUGAAAGAAAAAAAGAGAAAAGGCGUCUUGCAAAGUUUGGUAAUACAAUUUCAGAUGUUUUGAAGAUGUCGACACCCAAUAACCAACAUUUCAAUGAAUGCUGAUAUCUUAUAUAUCCAAGUGAACUUGACAGUAAGGAAACUACCGAAAUUUGAACGUCUGCCGCAAAUCUUGUCAUUUCCUCGAUAUUUACACAGAUGGACUGCUUCAAACUAGAAUCUAUUACACACGUAAUGAUUUCAACUUUACAAUUGUCACCUUCCAAUUAUGAAGUAGUAACAUUCCGUCUAUUCAAUCGUAUGGUGUUAACUUAUCUUAUUUUAUACGUUAGGUUCGUGCAUGUUCACAUUAAACGGACUUCUUUUGCAAGGCGCGAUUCUUACACAAAAUCUGCUCCAAAAGAUUUAUGAGGUAUAAAGUCGGCGAAACUCCGUUCUAAAUUAUUUACAAUAAUUUUAUAAGCAAUCAAAGCCGGGCUUUAAAGUUAUUGUGAAACUACCUACUUUAGGGGUGGCGUGAAUUAAAUGUGGAUAUUUCAAAAUUUGAAUGAUUUGUUAGAGUACAUACAAUCUUAAUCUCUUUCUUCUGGCAAAAGUAUUAAAACAUUUCAUUUUUCCACCCUUUACAGAAGUAUUCCCCAUUCCAAACUAAAAGACAAAUUGAAAAAAUGUACUAUUUUAUUUCAUAAAACAGAAUGGCCAACGUAGAUGUAAGUAUCUUGUCUAAGGGCGGGAUAAAUAAAGGCAACAGUAGUAUACCGGUGUUCAAAAGUCAUAAAUCGAUUGAGAGAAAACAAAUCCGGGUUACAAACUAAAACCGUGUGGUUCAUGUUGCUCAGGUUUCUUUGUUGUGUUUUGAGUACUGUUUGUCUUUUCGUCGUUUUUCGUUUUUUGCCACAGCAUUGUCAGUUUGUUUUCGACUUAUGAGUUUCAAUAUCCCUUUAGUAUUUUUUGCCUUUCCUUCACGGUCAAUUUUACAAAUUGGUUGCUGAAUAAUAAUUUGCAAGACCAUUCGCUUAUGUUUUUGGCCUAAAAUAAAAGUGGUGGUGUUUUGUUGAAAUCAAGAAGACUUUAUCAUUUUCACCAAAUACUUAUUUUCACCUAUUUCGUGUGACAAUUCAAUGCUUUAUAAAAUGGUUAACAAAAUUUUUCAAUCUGACAUUCUCCCAUGGUUAUGCAUCAGCUUUUAAACUUUAAUUGAUGACAUAAAAUGCCACGACAGGGCCCAAAUCAAACAUUCUCUUUCCUAUCGAUGCACAUGGUAUGGCUCCUUUUAGAAAUCAUGCAAAUCACUCAGGAUUUUUUUCUCUUUUUUGUUUUCCUAGUAUUGUAUCUUUUUAAUCGAUUUUUGAGAAUUGAACAUCGGUACACUGCUGUUGCCUAAAUUUAAAACGAAUUUCAGAGAUCGGUCUGCUAAACCUCUUUCUCUGGAAAUGUAUUACAUAAGAUAAUAAAUCACUUAAAUUUUACUUUGGUAUCUUUAUAUAUUUCACAAAAAGAGAAGUACAUUUUGAGGUUUCAUCAUUAUAGCAGCAUAUUGUUAUGUCAUUAUUCCUGCACAACUUAUUUUUAUCAAUGACUCAUUUCACAUUCCGGUAUUUUGCUUAAAUCACAUAUUUUGCUUCUGAAGAAAUAAAAUAAACACUUUUUAAAAUAUGUGCGCCCGACGAUUUUUUUUUUUUUUUUUUUAUCUAUCUUGAUUAGGAACGUUUAAACUUAAAAUUCGAAAAGACAUCUGUGAAUGGUUGUUUGUUUUUUGCUGGAUGGUGUUUGUUUUAAUCAAUUCUUGAUUUCACUCUUUGAAUCUCCUCACUCUGUUUUCUUUUAAGUAUGAAAUAUUAUUGGUAAUCCUUAAAUGUCAAUUGUUUACAAUUCUGAUCAAUUUCUACUUAAGACGUGUGAAUGUUGAUGUCAACAAAUUGACAAAAUGUGUUAGAUAAAGAUGAAAAAGUAUGAAUGGCAUAAUUACAUUUGGCUGGAAAUGACACAUUAACAAAAAAUAAAUAUAUGAUCAUUGUGCUGAAAAGUAAACAAAAUAUAGACCAUUAUUCCUACGAUUGGAGGAAAAAACACACCUGACUAUGACUUUUAAUCACCACACCUUGUGACAGAAGGAUAUGUCUCCAGGGUAGUAUAUGAUACUCUGUAUUAUUAAUUCAAUUAUGCCAACUCUUAUCUGCUUCUAGAUGCAAGUGCUUCUGGAUGAUUCCUCAAAAAAACGACUUCAAUGUUAAUAUUUGUUACAGAGUAUGAACAGUUAAUUGUAUCUGUCAAGUAGUAAAAAAUAUUGAUUAAUUAAUUACAAAUACUAGAAGUAAAACAUUGACCUCCAUUUUUCUCAAUAGAUAACACAAAUAUGACACCGCAUUAUCAUAUAGCUAUAUUGGAAUUCAUACUUUAUAUAAUGUACAUAUGUAUAGAUGUUAAAUUGUUUUAUUGUUUUUUUAAGAAUAAAUGUCAAUUCCAA